AAUCAAAUAGCCUUCCAAGAAUUAACGGCGAAUUUUGGUGCUCUCUCUCUCUCCCCAAGACUCGAGCUGUCUUUGCAAAUCUUUAAACUAUCUUGAAGCUAUGGCGUCCAAUGCAGUUGAGAGGUGCGAGUUUCUUGGUGAUUUCGAUGACUGCAAGUCUGAGCUGCCAAGAAGCUUCUCUCUCCAUAAACUUUACUUUUAACAAGAAGAGAGUGAAAAUAGUCUAGUUUCUUUGUAUUUUCCAUUCUCGAAUUGGGUGAACUUGGUUUUUAAUUGUUGAAUCUUGAUCUCCAGAAAUUAUUCAGUGCCUGAAUUCAUCCAAAUUAGCAUAUGAGUGAUUCGAGCCAUCAAUGUCGUCCGAUAUAAGCUAAAUUUUUCAUUAUUGGGUCCUGGGUUUUUCAGACUUCUCUUAAAAGGGUUUUUUUCUUCUUUUGAAAAUUCUUGAAGUUGAAGAAAAAAUCACAAUUAUUGACGACUAUGGAGAAAUUCUUGAGCAAGUUCGUGUAUGAAAAGAUUAUUGUGCUUGCUUUAAUUGGGUUGAGACUUCUCUUUUCUUGGUGAGUGAUUUCAAGAUUGUAGAUUGAUUUUGGGAUUAGGGCGUUGGUUGUGCGGAUCAGGAUGGUGAUGGACAGUUUGCUGCUUCCGACGGUAGGACCACCAAUAAAGCGACGAGCGGGGUUGAGAAGGAAGCAGGCUGGAAGAGGUUCUUACAGAGGCAGUUAGGGUUUGUAAUUUGGGAAAAAAUUAGGGUUUUUGGUUCUGAGGGGUCUAACUGGUUAACCCGGUGGUGAGAUUUUAGUAGGGGGGGUUAGGAUUUAUUUUUUUCGAACUGGGGGAAGAGAUGGGUAGUCCACUGCAUCAAGCACUCAGGAGUCUGUGUUCCAACACCGAGUGGAAGUAUUCCAUCUUUUGGAAGCUUAAACACCGGGCCCGAAUGAUGUUGACUUGGGAGGAUGCUUACUAUGACAACCAUGGGCAACAUGAUCCUUCCGAGAACAAGUGGUUCAGUGAGAUGGUGGGCAACUUUCACGAUGGGCAUUAUUCUCAUGACCCUCUUGGGUUAGCUGUGGCAAUGAUGACAUAUCAUGUAUAUUCUCUCGGAGAAGGGAUUGUUGGACAGGUGGCAGUUACCGGUAAGCAUCUAUGGAUUUUAGCAGAUAAACAUGCAACUGAUUCCACCUUGGCCUCUGAGCACUGUGAUGGAUGGCAAAGUCAGUUCUCUGCUGGGAUUAGGACCAUUGCUGUUGUGGCUGUUGGUCCACAUGGAGUAGUACAGCUUGGCUCUUUAAAUAAGAUUGGAGAGGACUUGAAACUGGUGACCCACGUAAGAGAGAUCUUUUCUGAGCUUCAGGAUUCAUUAUUGGGGCAUAUUCCUUGUGCCGUACAAUAUAGUGUGGAGAGUUCCUCUUGUCUGUCCCAAUCAGAUAUACCCACAAGGAGUUCAGGUUCAGCAAUUUUUCAUGAUUGCACGAUCAAAGACAGGAAAUGUAUUUGGUUGUCCAAGUUUCCAUCUCCCGGAAAACAUGGUGAUCAUUGUUUUGUUGUUCCACGACCUGAAGAAUAUCCAAAAAGGACAUUGGAAAUGAUCAAUACGCAUGGAGGACUUGAACACUCAAUGUCAGGUUUCGGUGAAAGCGUAACCUUGCCUCAAUCUACUUCUGAAAUUUUUGAUUUGGAGUGGCAGAACGUAGAACAGACGAAAUUGGCUACUGAUGGGAAGUGUGAAGGGGAGAUUAGGGGUUUUAGGGAUCAAAGGGUGGGUUUAGAAGAUCUUCUUGACCAUAAGCAGAAUGGGAUGUUUUGUGAAUCAGAAUCUUUAAACAUGGGAAUCCAAAAAGAAUUGGAGAAGAACUGGGAGUUCCAAACUUAUAUCAAUUUUGUGGAAACACCAAAUACAUCCUUCCGGUUUUCUGCUGGCUGUGAGCUGUAUGAAGCAUUAGGACCAGCUUACCUAAAACAGAGUACCUAUUGUGAUCUGGGCCAUCUGGCAGACAAUACUAACACUGAAACAACCGUUGAGAUGCCAGAGGGAAUGGAUGGCAGUAGUCUGUUGACAUCAAACUGUGGCUCAGAGCACCUUCUAGAAGCAGUGGUGGCUAAUGUUUGCCCCAGCAAUAGUUAUGCUAAAAGUGAAAAAUCAUGUUGUAAAGAUGUACACUCCCUCUUGACUGCUGAAUCAGAGCCUCCUCCCAGUGAUGUACGUACCACUGGUUCGGUAGGUUAUUCUUUUGAUCGGUCCUCUAUUGUAGAAGAGGACACGUCACAUUGCUUGAACUCCUCAGGGGCAUGCGGUGUUGGGUCUUCAAAAGGUUAUUCAUCAUCAAGUCCUUCCAGAUUUAGUGAACAGUUGGAGAGACCACAAGAACCAGGGAAGAUGAACAAAAAGAGGGCUAGAACAGGUGAAAAUUGUAGGCCUAGGCCAAGGGACAGACAAUUGAUUCAAGACCGCAUUAAGGAGCUGCGAGAGCUUGUUCCCAACGGAUCAAAGUGCAGCAUUGAUUCACUUUUGGAGCGUACAAUCAAGCACAUGCUCUUUAUGCAAAGCAUGACUAAGCAUGCUGAAAAGCUAAACAAAUGCACCAAAUCUAAGUUGCUCGACAAGGAAACAGGUAUACGGGCAUCCUCCAGUAAUGGGCAAGGUUCAAGCUGGGCAGUAGAAGUGGGAAGUCCCCUGAAAGUUUGUCCAAUAAUGGUAGAGAAUAUUUACACGAAUGGGUUAAUGCUAAUAGAGAUGUUGUGCGAGGAAUGCAGCCAUUUUCUCGAGAUAACAGAAGCCAUCAAGAGCUUAGGUCUGACAAUUUUGAGAGGUGUAACAGAAGCCUACGGAGAGAAAACCUGGAUGUGUUUUGUGAUUGAGGAUCAGAACAACAAAAGCAUGCAUCGGAUGGAUGUAUUAUGGUCACUCAUUCAGAUAUUGCAAUCUGGGAAUAAGAUUUAAUUUUUGCUAUAGCUCUUUUGCGUGCCAUGAAGGCAUCUUAAUGAAAAAUCAGUUCUACAGGGCAAUGGCUGUGGUUGUUGGACUCUUGGUAUCUGUUGUGGGGCCUUCCUAAUAUUUGUGAGUCAGUUGUGAUCUUUUGUUGAUUUUAUGGUUUAUGCUCCACUUUGCAAACAAAUGUUGCUGUAAAAGGAGUUCUUCUCUUUCCUUUGCCGUGUUUCCUCUGCUACAAGGGUGCGGAGAUGGGAUGUUUUUUUUUUUUGUGUGAUUUGGGUUUCUUAUUCUUACACAUUUUUUCCUGCUUGUAAUCUUUAUUGAUGUUUGACUUGGCACUUGGUCAGAAGUCUGACAAUCUCAACAAUUUAUGGUGCCUGUACCAGCUAUUUAUUGUUUGUCUCCCAUAUAAUCCCUCUUUUGAUACGAGGUAUUUAUUGUUUGUUUGUCCAUGAUAAUCCCUCUUUUGAUAUUUCAUUUUGUGGGGCUUUUACAAAUUCUUAGUGCUGCUAGAAAACAAACUUUAUUGAAAAUUAAACUAGACCUGAACAGCAAUGGCAUAACAAUGUAGAUUACAUUGUACUAGAGCCGAAUAGCAGUUGUUUUUAAACAUUGUCAGGUGCCAAUUGUGCAGCAUUGUAAUUUCUGAUAUAUGUAUUACGAAGUAUUUGUUUCUUGUAGCUUGAAGUGGGGAAGGGAAGGGGUACCAUCUAGUUUUUGUGACCUGUAGUAAGCUAGGUAUUCUCUGAGGUGAGUUUCCCUGUAUAUUGGCGGAUUGUUAGAUUGAAAUUCCUUAAUUGGUCUGUACGGUUUGGAUUUAUUGGCGGUACUUGGGAAGAAGAAACAUGCUGCUGAUAUCCUGGGGCCAAUUCGUCCCGACUGU